AUGUCCAGCCUCAAGUCCUACAUCGUCACCUUCAAGGACACCGCCAGCGACGCUGACGUGUCUGCCCUCCAACAGAAGAUCCACGAGUUGGGAGGCGAUGUCACUUCCAAGUUCAGCUUGAUCAAGGGCUUUGCUGCCAAGUUCCCGGAAGUCCACACCAACACCAUCCAGGGCAACGAGCAUGUUUUAGCCAUCGAAGAGGACAAGGAGGUCAAGAUCCAGCAGUAG